CAACGUCCCUGUUUAUUCCAUUGAGAAAGCUAGUCCAGCCUACGAAAUUGCUAUAAAAUGUCAGUGAUUUAACAAAUUUCUUCAUUGUUCCUUCAACACCGAGAUGAAUUCACUGCUCUUCACUCUAAUUCUGCUGGUCGAUGCCGGCCAUCUCAUCGCCGGCAGGUCAAGGUUCCUGGCGAUCCCCCUUGACGACGUAAAGAUAAUCGAACUGACCUCUGGGAUAUCUUCUUUUAUGCCGCGAGUGGCACGCAGCGCCGACGCCUACGUCCCUGUGGCCGUCGCGACGCUCCAUAACGAGGAGGUCGAGCCAACUCCUAGGAUCGAACGGGCGGCUGCUCACUACCUGGAUUACGUCGAUUUCGGUGGGCACACCGGAGAAAAUGGCGCCUUUGGUUGGUACGCGGACUUCCCGGCGCAUCAGUAACUAAAUCAUGAUACAUCGGAAAUUCGGAAUCUCUGGAAAGAUGCUUCGUAUUUAGUUAUAAAUUUCGACUUUUGACGCAGAUUUUACUUAUUCUAAACUCAGUGUAACAAAAAAAAAGUGCAACCAUUUGCACGCCAUUUUCAGUCUCUUUGUAGUCGCAUAAUUCAGCUAAAACUGAGGCCAAAACGAUCAGCUGAUCGCCUGGUGCGACGCCAUGUUUGGUAGCGCUCACACUUUCAGUCUUGCCAAUAGUGCAGAUCUUUCUAUUCAAUUACGUUUGACACAAGUGAUGCACGUUUGGACUUGACAAAUUUUCAACUUUUUUGGAUAUUGUGAACGUUGAUUCGUCGCGCUGUAGGUAUAAUAAUAGUUUAUUAUUGUUAACAUCAUGGUACGCAGAGUAAUUACAAUUUACAAUGAAAUAAAUAUAGUGACAUCCAACAACAGUGAUCUUUCUCGAUUGACAUUUAAACAUCAUUAUGCGUAUUGUAUACUACAUAUAUAUAGGUAUACCUAUAUAUUAUCAUUAUUUUCUUUACUUCAACUGAUUUUAUCGAUAUUUU